CUGACUUUCCCCAGAAUUUUAGCGGAAAGGAGCCGGAAGCAUAUUCAUUCAUGCUUGAACACAUCCAAAUAUACAUUGGCUUCUUCAACACGGCUGUCUUUCUAUCAAAUACUUGCAUAUGUUCAGAUGCACACAUGCACUCAGUGUAGUUAUUUCUAUUAGGCUUAUUUGCUUAAUACUCAGGAGCUUACUUGGAAAACACAGAGGAAGCUCUGAGAGAUCUUAUCCUGUUUGUUGUAGAUCCCUUGCUUUGUUCUCAUACAAUGGUUUACUCAGCAGAAGUUACCAAGUAUAACUAUUUCGAAACCUUUCAUCAAAAAUGCAAAGGAUAGCGCAAGUCUCUGGUUUGUGGCCAGGUUUUAGAGAAGUCGGGAUUCCUGCACAGAGACAGAGACAAAGUGGCAGACGCACACACACAAUCACUUUCUUUUCUGUUCUUACAGUUCAGUUUCUUUAUCUCCCUGCCAAGUGCACUAGAUAUAUCUACAGUAUGUGUGUGUUUGUGUUUAUAUGUGUGGCAGAGUACAUGUAAUGGUAUACAUGCACACAAGCACGAUUGCACACGCACACAUUUGUGUGUGUCACUGUGGGUUUUCCUAGUCUGAGCUGUCCUUUCCUUUCUCCGUUUCCUGUAAAUCCAUACUGACUUCCAUAAAGCAAUGAAAUGACGCAGCAUGUCACGUGACCAAAGGCAGGUAGACGGAUGUAAAAAUGAAGGCAGUUCAUGUGGGUGAAAGUGUGUUUGUGUUUAUGAGUCUUCAAGGGUGUAACUGGUAAAAGGAGUGUCAGAGAUAGGGGAGCUAGCAUGCCCUGGCACGUCCAAGCAGUGAAUUCCCCCACAUACAAAUGAGAAUGAAAGUGGGAGGAGAAAGGGGCGGAGAUAUGCGUGUGACUAGCAGCAUGUGUAGAUCGUUUUGACGCCCAGCGUUUUAUAAAAAGCUUGACAGCAUUGACACACAAAGUCAGUCACACAUCAUCUGCGGGACAAGCCACACACACACACACACUUUCACAGGUUAGAAGACACAGAGGAGUUGAUAUAAACAGCUGUUUGAAGAGCGUUCUGUUCAUGGCAGAGAUCUACAGUGGUGGCCACCUACACCACUUCGUUGAUGGUUACGAUGUCCACCACAGCAACUGGAUGCGGUACGUCAACCCAGCACGAUCCCUGGCUGAACAGAACCUGGUGGCCUGUCAAAACGGACAGGACAUCUUCUUCUACACCAUCCGGCCCGUGGAGCCCAAGCAGGAGCUUUUGGUGUGGUACAGUCCGGAGUUCUCCCAAAGACUGUGCGGCCAGCAAGAGCAACCAGACAGCCUAAAGCCAAAGUACAUACCUGAUAUUGAGUAUCAGAAGCAGCCCCUACCUCAGUACACCUACUACCCUAAACAGCCCCCGAGCCCACACAAACUCCACAGUGAGGGACAGGAAGAUGAGGUGGAUGAAAAGAUUGAUGUAGAGGUUAUUGAGAGGGACACACCACCGGACACACCAGAUGAACAGGUCAUGGAUUUCAGCAAGAAGAUCCACGAAGCUGCUUCACCAGAGCCUGUCAAUUCUCCACAUCCCAACCAGAAAGCGAUGAACAUAAACAUUCACCCAUAUCCCACUCUGUCCACACCGCAAGACCUUCCACUCCACUUACAUGGCCUCUAUGGUCAUCGAGAGGGUCUGAUCUCAUACCCUUCAUUGCCCUCUCCUAGACCCCUGCAAGCUCCAUAUCCCUUAUUACCACCAUACAGCCCUCAUUAUUCACGUCUGCUCUUGCCUCCAUACUCCCCUCCCUUCCCUUCCAUGUUGCCCUCAAAAGGGGGUCUCCGGUACAAUGCAUUCCUGGGUAGUGAUGGCUUGCCCUACCCUUCCAUACCCCAACCAGAUCUGUUACCAGUCACACUGCCCUAUCCUACCCCACUUCAUGUAGGUCUGAAGGAAAGAAUCCCAAAUACUCCACCUCGAGGAGCCCCUGCAACACCCGAACUCUCCCCUCAGCCAAAGCAAUCCUCUCAGCAAAUGUUCGAGAAGCCUCUCUCUGAAUGUGAAGAGGCCAUCAACCUCAGCCUGACACCCAAGAGCAUGUCACCUUCAUCCUCCUCCUCUCCACUGGCACCUGGGUACAAGUCUCUCCCGUACCCGCUCAAGAAGCAGAACGGCAAAAUCAAGUAUGAAUGCAACGUCUGUCUCAAGACCUUCGGUCAACUGUCCAACCUCAAAGUGCACUUGAGGGUCCACAGUGGAGAGAGGCCAUUCCAGUGCAAUUUGUGCAAAAAGAAUUUCACCCAACUCGCCCACCUACAGAAACAUCACUUGGUCCACACAGGAGAGAAACCACACGAGUGCCAGGUGUGCCACAAACGCUUCAGCAGCACCAGCAACCUGAAAACCCACCUACGCCUGCACUCUGGGGAGAAGCCAUAUCAGUGUAAGCUGUGUGGGGUGAAGUUCACCCAGUACAUUCACCUCAAACUCCACCGUCGGCUGCACAGCUCUCGUGACCGGCCCCACUUCUGCCAAACCUGCACUAGGGGCUUCAUCCAUCGCUUCUCACUGAACCUCCAUCAGCGUUCCGGUUUCUGCCCUGCCGCCCGUCCUGAAAUCCCAGAGCUGAGGCGUGCAGCAGAGCUGGUAGAGCGCUUUGACGCCAGUCAGGAGGCCGAGGCUCUGCCUGAGAGUGCUGGAGAGGCUCAGGUGGAAGCUGCCUUGGAAAAGUGGUUGGCUAGAAGUUUGGAGAACGGCGAGGGGGAGGAGGACAUUGGAUUCCUCAAGGCUGUUGCUGCAGUACCUCAUGGGGUAACCGCCGCGGGUCAUCACCAAGAGAGAGCCAGCGUGGUACACUUCAGCCACCGGCCCUCUAUUAAGACUGAAGAGGAGUAGAUACGGGAGAAUGUUGAAAGGAUGACGUAUAGCUUGUUCAGGUCUUCCAGGAGCCCCAAAAUUUGCUAUCUAUGCACAGAGCAUUCCCUAGUUGACACCAAAAAUCCUCUCUUCUCUGGUAGUUUGAGGGAUAAAUUAGAGAGAAGAUGCAUAAACCAAGCCAAUGAAAGCCACACCAAACAAAUAGUGUUUCCAAAGACUUGAAGAUUGUGUGAAGUGAUUGCACUUCUACCCUCUGACCUGUUAUAGAAUGAAGAUGUGAUUAUAAUGUCCUCAUACUUCAUCUGGUUUUUAAACCGAUGUGAACGUCUAUUUGUGUGAGUUUGUCUUAACUUAUUAUUGUUGAAUUUUUUCUUAUUUGAGCACUGUAUCAAAUACUUGUUCAUAUGUGUACUUCUGUUUUUUAUGCAUGACUUAAUAUUUGUUUAACUUCUUCUUUAGUCCUUUGUUUUUUUUUUUUUUUUUUUUUUUUUUUUUUUUUUUUAUAAUAAAUACUGGGAUUCUCAGGAAUAAUGUGUUAAUCCCACUAUGGACACUAUGUGACAGUCCCAAAAGGACUGGAUUUUCCCGUCCAUUCCAUUCAUUGUGGGUGCGAAUGUGUACAGUAUGAGUAUGUGUGUAUGAUUUUACCUUGUGUUGAAAUAUUUCUGGAUGUGAUCCUUCAUGAAAAGAUAUAAAAAUGUGCUGUCAGUGUCUUUUCAAGGGAUGAUAUGAUUCACGGUAGCUUCUAAGGAUAAUAUAGCAGAAGUCAAUUUUUAGUUUUCUCUUCAACAAACCCUUUUGACAUUGGAAAGAGAAAAUGCCUCACUUUUAAUUUAAUAUUUAAAAUAAGAGAAAUAUUCUUUUUUUCUUAGUUUUAUUAUUAUUUGGUUGUGUCUACCAGUGUUUACUGUUGUCUAUUUAAUCCAAACAAGUAUUGUUAGCACUAUGAAAAUGAUCAAAUCAAUGUAGCUGGAACUGAUUUUGCCAAUCAUGAAGAUUGCAAUACUUUUUUAUAGAUUACAGAACUACAGACACAACAGUACCUCAUACUAAAAAGUUAAAUUGUUAGGUUCAUAUUUUAUGCUGUUUUAAUUUAUUUUUUUUGUCAGCACUGGAAAAAGCAGGGACUAAAUCCAAGUGCAGGAUAUUUGAUUGUUAGCUAAAGCAGGGUUUAGAAACAAGACUGUUCCAUUACUUUGUGACUUUUUGUACAGUUCUUUUGUUAUCCUAGUUUAUUUUUGACUCAGUCCAAAAGAUGUUGAUACUUUAUAUGUGAGAACCUAUUUUUGACAAACUUUUAUAAUGUAGCACAUUAAACAUAACUUGUCUAAGA